CCGUCAUGUGGGAUUACACGGGUGGACUGCAUCGAUCACGCGAGCUUGACCACUACUUUUUCCAAAUCUCGAUUGAUAUUGUUUCUUAAUAACUUGCGAUGGUCUGAAGGAAAUAUCCAACUUGCAGAAUAACAGUUAUUCUACUUUCUGUUACUUUGCUGUAGUUUACACUUGUGUUCCGGAUACCUGUGUGCACCCUUCACAAAGUUACAAUUCUUCCUCGAGGGGAGGCAGAGCUGCAACCAUGCAGCAGGAGCUUUUGUUUAAAGUCCUGGUCAUCGGGGACUUGGGAGUCGGGAAAACGUCCAUCAUCAAGCGGUACGUGCAUCAGAUCUUCUCCCAGCACUACCGAGCCACCAUCGGCGUGGACUUCGCCCUGAAGGUGCUGCAGUGGAACCAUGACACUGUGAUCCGACUCCAGCUGUGGGACAUCGCAGGACAGGAGCGGUAUGGGAACAUGACUCGUGUCUAUUACCGGGAGGCGGUAGGGGCGCUGGUGGUGUUUGAUGUGACGAGGGCCUCCACCUUCGACGCCGUGUUAAAGUGGAAGGAUGACCUUAACUCAAAGGUGACCCUGAACCACGGGAGGCCGGUUCCAGCGGUGCUCUUGGCCAAUAAGUCGGACCAGCUGGCCCCCCAGCAGCCCAAACUGGACUCCUUCUGCCGGGAGAACGGCUUCGUCGGCUGGUUCGAGACCUCUGCCAAGGAAAACGCAAACAUCGAGGAGGCGGCGCGCUGCCUGGUGGGCCACAUCCUGAGGAACGAGGAGAGCCCGCUGGUCGAGCGAGAGCCCGGCUCCCUCGUCCUGUCUGGAUACACGAACACCGCCAAGGACCAUCUCAACUGCUCUUCGUGUGUGAAAUGGUGACUCCCGACCAAUCACGGACAACCAGGAAGUGAACAGCUGUGUGGCCACCCAGAUAAAUCGGACUCACGGACUGUUUGUAAAAAACACUGCCUGAGGCCGGAGUGAUUCAUGAAGGAAAAUGUAAAAUGGCUAGAGCCAAUGUUCACACUGCAGGUCAACAGGAUAUCACUAAAGAUGGACUUUUGAUUCAUCCUGCACAACCUCUAGGAGUGUUACAUGUUGAUUUUUCAAUUCAAGGUAAAACAUGUCUUACAUUGUUAAUGGUUUUAAGGUGAUAGGCAUUGAAUGUUUCAGACUGAUAUGUUGAUUCCAUCCUUUUUUUGCCACAGAUCGCCCACUGUCAUUUCUUUUUCUUGAACAUAUUUCACAUUGUGACAUUGACAUUCGGCCGAACUCACAGCUCUUAAAAAUUCGGCGCUAUUUGUCUGCAGUGUGAACACAAACACAACAACGUGAAGCCUUCUGGCAUUCUUUGCACUUUUGCUCAGAUGACCAUCAUGCAGUCUGCUUUUAGAUCAGCGGACGAGAGUCUUUCAGGGAUAUGAAAACAGCUAAAACUACAUAAAAGGUCCUGAACUUCCUGCAUUGAACCCAAAGAUAAACUCUGUGAUAACAUACACGACAGUGUCUCUACCCAUCCAGUCCCCACCAUAAGUGUGAGGUUGAGGAAAUAAUGCCUACAGAUUCAGGUUUCCACUCUCUUUAUAGCUGAAACUCUCACAGAGAAUUAGAUGAGAAGAUUGAUCUUUGGUUUUAAUUCACGGCCAACAGCCAUAAACAUGAAACCAGAGGGAAACAGCUGGCCUGGCUCUGUCCAAACUAAAUCCUCUAUAACUAACACGCUCAUUCGUUUAAAGGGCCAGUGUGUAGCAUUUCAGAAAUGAAACGAAAUAUUCAUAACUAUGUCCUCAUUGAUGCAAAUAAGAAUCAAUGUGUUUUCACCAACUAGAAUGAGCUGUUUAUGUUGACGCAGAGAGGAGGUCCUCUUCACUGAGCCCACCAUGUUGCACCACCAUGUUUCUACAAACAGCAUGAGAACCUGCCGUGUGUUAUGCCACCUGAAGGCCAAAGCGGCGGCACUUCCAGUCGCAGUCUGGCUUGUGUUGCUCCUAAAGGGUUAUUAUGGUACCUCUGAGCGAGGUGUCACCGCGGUUUUGGCUGCUCACGUUACCACAGACUCAGAAGGGGAGGAUCAAUUGGUUGCUUGAUGCCACCAAAUUAGACACACUGUCCCUUUAACGCAUAUAAAAACAAGUUUCUUUUGCAUACUAUUUCUCGGCUCUGCGCAGUUACCGAGCAACCAGAAGCGACUCCUGGUUACUUAACUUCUAAUUGCUGUCUUUACACGUCAGUUUUUGCUUGAAUUAUAAAAAGCCACAAUGCGUUAAUUAGUGAUCUUUAUCAGCUUGUUGUUAUCUUUGUUUCCAGUCGACAUGCGAAACUAACUGGCUGCAGGCUGUCGUCUAAUAUCUAACAAACAGGUAUCAAUGUAAUCAUUUUACGCUCAUCAAGAAAGUGAAUUAUGGAUAUUUGUCAAAAAUCUUUUGAGAUUUUGUUUUGGCCCAACUAAUGUUUUAAUAAUCAUACAUGGUCAUUUAAUAAGAUGAUGAUUGAAAUUAAUGAGAUUGUGUCCACAAAAGAUCACGUGAUGCUGCACAUAGUGGCCGGGAUUAUUUUCCUACCUUAUUUCAUGUUGCGAAUUAAAUCAUUUGAAUUGUGUCGGGUGUUUUUGGUCUUUGGUUUAACUGGUUCCUCUGGGUUUAGCAAGAAACGAGCAAACGUAUCAUGUAACUCACCGCGUAGUCGUGUCAGAGCGUUGAAUAACCUCUCAUCUGUCAUUAGAAAGGCCGUACGAUCCAUCUGUUGAAGAAGAUCACAGCUUUCAAUCUUUGCUAAUCUGACGUGAAAAUGAAUCCCGUUAUGGGAGCAUCCCGUGUAUUCAUAACAUAACAUAACAGGCCUGCACAUACGUAAAGACAUCUGCUCUCACGCUGGAUCAUGAACCCACGGUCUGGAACAUCUGCAGAAUCCUUUACAGUCAGAAAUAAACAUAAAUGUUGUGAAGGUAAUGGGGUCGGGUCUGUUUAGCAGAUAUGUCCAUUAAAUGAAGAAUUCAAGUCGGUAAUACAAUCUGAAGGCUCUAAGUGAAUUGAUAAUUUCUUUAAUUGUGACUAGCAGUGUGAACCAUUUCAAAUCACAUGUGUUCUUCCAGCACUACACUCUUCAUAAUAUACAGCAUCUCCUUAGUUAAGCACUAAUUUCCGUUUCAUGAAUGUUUACAUGUGUGGUUUCAGUCGAUAACGGAUUACAUCACAUCCUCAAAGUGUAUAUUUCACACCAAAUAUUUAAAAAACUUUUAAAAUGAAACUAUAGUCGUCAAACUAUUGGCACUAUUGUUAUAUGAGGAGGUUUCUUCAACCCUAAAAUGGAUUACUUGCCAGUCAACAACAUGGCAUGUGUCGCUCUUUUACCUUUGUUGAGUCUGCCUGGAGUGUUAUUUGAAAUUACAUGUUUUCAAAUGAGAUAUCAGCUCUAUUUCAUUUUACUGCUGUUGUUGUGGAGAAGCGUGUCGCUGUAAUGCGAAACAUGUAACUGCAUUCUCCCUGGACUAGACGAUGCAAUCAAAUAAAUGUAUUUGUGGUGCGCUG